AUGGGUGGUGUGAAGAACCAAAAGCCUCGUUGUUCUUAUUUUCUUACCUACAGCACCAGACUGGCGGGCGGUAGGCCCGCCCGUCCCCUUGACCCCUGUGGGCAGGGCGUAGGGCCCGCCCGUCCCCGGGACGCCACUGGCGGGCCCAUUGCCCUCUGCCCGUCCCCGGGUACGCCCUGGUCCGGGGGCUCUGCCCUCCCGUCCCGUCCCCGGGACGCCGUGGCGGGCCAUCCCCCUUGCCCGCCCGUUGCCCCUGGACGCCUGGCGGGGUCCUCUGCCCGCCCGUCCCCGGUGGACGCCUGGCGCGCUGCUGGCCCUCGUCCCGUCCCCGGGACGCCUGGCGGGCCUCUGCCCGCCCGUCCCCGGACGCCUGCGUGGCCGCUGCCCGCUCCCCUGACCGGCCCGGUCCCCUCCCCUGGAUGCCUGGCGGGCCUCUGCCCGCCUGUCCCCGGGACGCCUGGCGGGCCGCUGCCCCGGCCCGUCCCCGGGACGCCUGGCGGGCCGCUGCCCGCCCUUCCCCGGGACGCCUGGCGGGUGUCGCUGCCCGCCCUUCCCCGGGACGCCUGGCGGCUAGCUGCCCGCCCGUCCCAGGGACGCCUGGCGGGCGGAGGCCCGCCUCGUCGAUGGGCCCUGGCGGGCGGAGGCCCUGGUCAGGACGGGCCCUGGCGGCCCGAAGCGGGCGGUCCCCUGGACGCCUGGCGGGCGGAGGUGGCGAGGCCGGUCCCUGGGACUGGCUGCGGCGGAUCGGGCGGAGGCCCGCCGUCCCCCGUCGGGAGGCCCGCCGGUCCCAGGGACGCCUGGCGGGCGGAGCCCGCCGGGUCCCCCGGGACGCCUUGGCGGGCGGAGGCCCCGCCGGUCCCAGGGACUGGCGGGCGGAGGCCCGCCGGUCCCCCUGGGACGCCUGGCGGCCUGAGGCCCCCGCCGGUCCCCCGGGACCCGCCUGGCGGGCUUGAGGCCCGCCGGUCCCCGGUAACGCCUGGCCGGGCGGAGGCGCCGGUCCCCGGACGCUGGUCCCGGUUCCCGGGGAGGCCCGCCGUCCCCGGAGGCCCCCCGCCCCCUGGCGGGCGGAGGCCCGCCGGGUGGACUGGGCUGGCGGGCGGAGGCCCUCCGGUCCCCCGGACGCCUGGCGGGACGCCGGUCCCCCCCGCAAGGGCGGUGGCGGGCGGAGGCCGCCCGCCGUCCCCGGGACGCCUGGCUGGGCGGAGGCCCGCCGGUCCCCGGGACGCCUGGCGGGCGGAGGCCCGCCGGCCCGCCGGUCCCCCCGGGACGGCCUGGCGGGCGGAGCCCGCCGGUCCCCCGGGACGCCUGCGGGCGGAGGCCCCGCCGGUCCCCGGGACGCCUGGCGGGCGGAGGCCCCGCCUGUCCCCGGGAACGGGCCUGGCGGGCUUAGGCCCGCCGGUUCCCCGGGACGGCCUGGCCGCGGGCGGAGGCCCGCCGGUCCCCGGAACGCCCUGGCGGGCGGAGGCCCGCCGGUCCCCUGACGCCUGGCGGGCGGAGGCCCCGCCGGUCCCCGGGACCGCCUGGCGGGCGGGGCCCGCCGGUCCCCGGGACGCCUGGCGGUCGGAGGCCCGCCCGCCGGUCCCCGGGACGCCUGGCGGUCGGGAGGCCCGCCCGGUCCCCCGGACGCCUGGCGGGCGGGAGGCCCGCCCGCCCCCGGGACCCUGGCGGGCGGAGGCCCUCCCGGUCCCCGGGACGGCCUGGCGGGCGGAGGCCCCGCCGGUCCCCGGGAACGCCUGGCGGGCGGAGGCCCGCCGGUCCCCCCGGGACUCCUGGCCGGGCGGGAGGCCCGCCGGUUCCCCCGGGACUGGCCCCGGGGCGGAGGCCCGCCCUUUCCCCGGGACGCCUGGCGGGCGGAGGCCCGCCCUUCCCCGGGACGCCUGGCGGGCGGAGGCCCGCCCGCCCCGCCCCGGCCCCGAGGGACGCCUGGCGGGCGGAGGCCCGCCCUCCCGUCCCCGGGACGCCUGGCGGGCGGAGGCCCCGCCCGGUCCCCGGGACGCCUGGGCGGGCGGAGGCCCGCCCGUCCCCGGGACGUGGGCCGGGGGCGGAGGCCCGCCCGGGCCCCUGGGACUCCUGCCGGGGGGCCUCCCGCCCGUCCCCGGGACGCCUGGCGGGCCUCGUCCCGCCGUCCCGCCCUUAAGAGAGUAA